GACAAGAAAAUCGUAAAAGCAGCCAGAGAGAAAAGACUCAUUACAUAAAAAGGAACAAAAAAAAAGAAGAUUAGGAGACUUCUCUUUCUGUGCACUAUGCAGGGUAGAAGGCAUUUCUAAAGCACUGAAAUGCAGACAUCUCUAAUGCAUUGAAAGAAAAUGACCCAUUAAAAUUUCUACACUCCCAUGUACUCCUCCCACUCUGAGACAUGUUGUGGGAAACAGACAUUUUCACAAUAAAAAAGGUGAAUAUAGGGGUGUGGAGAAUAUAUCAGCAGCAGACAUGCACUGCAAGAAAUGUUGAAAUGUUAAAGGAAGUUCUAUAGACAGAAGGAAAAUAAAACCAGAUGGAAAUUUGGAUCUGUGCAAAGGUGAAGAGAUGAAGAGUAGUGGAUAUUAUAAACAUGUGGGUAAUGUAAAAUAUUUUUCUGGUUUCUUAUAGAGUAUAUAUAUGUAUGUGUAUACAUCAUACUGUUCCUCUAUAUAAUUGUGUGUGUGUGUGUGUGUGUGUGUGUGUGUGUGUGUGUGUGUUACAUAAGCCCUACUACUUAAUACAGUGUUUCUGUAUUACAGGCAACAGACAGUUGAAAUUUCAAAUUUAAAAUCCAUACUAUUUACAAUAAUGUCAAAGAACGUGAUAUAUAUAUAGGGCUAAGUUUCCUAAAAUAUCCGAAAGACCUAAUUUCAAAACCACAAAGUGGAUUUCAGGUUUGUGAUCCAGCAUGCAGGGAGUUGUCACCCCGUUCUAACGACAAGUAAAAAGCUGAACAAAUUGGAAAAAUCAACAGCUGUUCUUAGAACCCCUAGAGAAGAAGUAAGGUCACAACGCCAACUGCUGUCCUUCCCUUUGUCCCCCAGUUGGAGAGAGAAACAGGCAGAAGUACGACAUCCAGGAACUGGAGCAGAAACCCCCAUGGGAACCAGUGCCAGGGUGUGAAAACCUAAACUGUAAUUGCUGAAGGCUCAGUGUGGGCAAAUCAAGAGUUAGAAACUCCAGGGGGCUUUGCCAGGUCCUUACGGUGAAUAGUGGAGAAAAAUCCCCUCAUGUUUGUAGAGGGGGAUUAUAAAAGGAACCUUUUGAAAUACACCAGAGAGCUGUGUUCCUAAUAGGGCCUGUUCUAGAGAGAAACCAUGGCCAGAACUUCAGCUCCCGCUCCCUCUGGCCUUCCAUCUGGAGGCAGCAAAUACCCAACUCCAGCUGCUCCAGCCAUCCUGUCCCGCCUGAAGGAGUGGGGAAUGAGAAGCACUUGUGACGGUCCCACUCCAGGGCUGCUAGGCUUCCUUAAAAGCUGAGAGCUAUCACAGGACUAGUAGAAGCUUCCCCUCCCUGCCCCAGCUUACUGCUGCAUUACUAAAGUCCUGUUCUUCAUCAUUCCUUUCACCCAGUAUAUCAUGUCCACCUUUCAACAACAGCAACAGCAACCACAAAAGCACAAGACCUACUAAAAGGCAAAACACACAAAGAGCCAAAAUAAACAUCAGAAGCAGAGUCAGAAAUGUUCAAAUGAUCAGAACAGGAAUUUUGAAAAACUACCACCUUGCCAAGUGUUCUAAUGAAGAAAGAUAGGGGGAAAAUGCCAAAACAGGUAGAUAAUGUAAGCAGAGAAAUGGAAACUGUAUGAAAAAGAAGCGUUUGAGAUCAAAAGAGCAACAAGAAUGCUUUCAAUGGGCUAAUAAGCUAAUCAGGAGAAUAGACAUCAUUGAGGAAGGCAUCACCGAGCUUGAGAAUGUGACAGUAGAAGCUGGGAAACAGAAAAGAAAAGAGAAAAAAAGACAACACAUGUCUCCAAGAACUCGGGACAAAUACACAGGAAGUCACAGAAGGAUAAUGGGAGCACCAGGAGGGUACACAGGAGCAGGGGCUGAGAGAAGGAAUAAGAGUAAUAUUUGAAGCUAUUCAGUAAUGACCAAGAAUUUCUCCCAAAUUAACAUUAGAUACCAAGUCAUAGACCCAGCAAUCUCCGAGAACAGCAAGCAGAAUAAAUACUUUUAAAAAAAAAAUUUCAUUGGGGCAUAUGAUAUUUCAAAUUCUGAAAAUCAAAGAUAAAAUCUUGAAAGAAGCCAGAGGGAAAAAAAACAUGUUACCCAUAGUGGAACAAAGUGAUGGCUCUGUAUCAUUACACAUUCGUCAAAACCCGUGGAGCAUCGACCACGAAGAAUGAACCCCAUAGAGUGUGGACUUUGACAGCGGUAAUGAUGUGUCAGUACAGUAACAAUGAUGAUGUUAUGUUGAUUUCUCUGGAAAGUCCUAUUUUGACAGCUCCAAUUACAUCAAAUCCAACAGGUACUGGAAAAACUAAAUCAGAAAGUUCUAACGGUUCAUCUGAUGCUGAAACAGAAGUGAAGGCUGUAGAGAAGAAAUUUGAUUCUGUGAUCGAUCUGACAGAGGAAGCCCCAUCAAAACGCAGCACAGAAAGGUCAGCAUCUACCUUCAUAUCACCUACAAAAGUGGUUUCGACCUCCAAAGAGACCAGGCCGGUGGCACAAAAUGCAGCUCAGGCUCCGGAGCCCUGUGAGCACCUGCCGCCCCUCCCAGAGCCGCCAGCCAUGCUGCCCGAGCUCGCAGAAAAAACGCGAGACACGCUUCCUCCCCAGAAGCCCGAGCUCCGAGUGAAGCGGGUGCUGAGACCCAGGGGCAUCGCGCUGACCUGGAACAUCACCAAAAUCAACCCCAAGUGCGCGCCCGUGGAAAGCUACCACCUCUUCCUCUGCCACGAGAACCCUACCCACAAGCUGGUUUGGAAGAAAAUCGGAGAGAUUAAAGCCCUGCCGCUCCCAAUGGCCUGUACUCUAUCUCAGUUUUUAGCCUCCAACAAAUACUACUUUACCGUCCAAUCAAAAGACAUUUUUGGACGAUAUGGGCCAUUUUGUGAUAUAAAAUGUAUCCCGGGCUUUUCUGAAGACCUCACCUAAAAGUCUUUGGUGAUCAUCAUAUCGCACUGUUUUGUUUUUUCGUUUUUGAGUUGUUGGUUUACAGGGCUCCUCUCCCACGAUUUGCCACAGGCCAGCGCAGACUGAGCCCUCUGUACGGGGACAGCCCUGGUCCCUGUGUUGUAAGCGACCUCUCCUUUCAUGAAUUUCUGACCGGCAUCCACUGAGUACUUCCGGCGGGUAUGUUCUAAAACAUACGCUCGCGGGGACGCCCGUCCCUCGAGCCGUGCUGUGCAUGACCUCUGGUGACAGUGGGGCCGCCGCGUUUUUAUCUCCUCAGCCCUGGGACACGGCCCGUUUCUGCUGCUGGCGGUCCGUGCUCGGCCACCUGCUCUCGUGGGCAGAGUGGGCACCAGACAGACCAGCUGUGAGCACACAGCUCACACGGGCCCGCCCUGGGUGCGUCUCACCAAGAUUUUAUCAAAAUAAAUGUCUUCUCAUUCUGUUCAAACCCUAAGGGCUAGUAAUGGGCCCGCUCCCUAUUUUUUUUUUUUCUUUUUGGCUGUGUCAGUCAUUUGAGGAAAGAGUCUGGAGGUUUCCCCUAAAUCUGUUUUUUAUAUUUAGAUACAUAUAAUAAAAUUAGUUCUACAUUGUGUGCUGUGUACACAAAACACAGAGUAUCUCUGAUAAAAGCAUUAGCCAACCCCCCACGGUUUCAGCUCCGGGAAACGGAGUUGUCCGCCUUAGGUUCAAGGCUUUAAUUUGCUGGUUCCGUAGCACUGCUCUCCGUUCAUUUUCCUGGCUGGCGUCUUACUCGGAGUAAGAGCCCCGAGAGUCGCGCCCCGCACACCCUUCUGAGGGGCACCGACCGGAGGCGGCAGCGGCGCAGGGUCCCCGGGACACAGCGGGCGGACUGGAGAAGUGAAGUCCGGCCCAGCGGGGGGCCGCGAAGGCGACCAUGAACUCUUAGUAGGAAGAACAGUCUGAUGAGGAGACGCGUCCUUCCCUGGUAUGUGGUGAACGCUCAGUGCUCAGAGCUCUGAGACUUCAGAAACUGAAUUGAGGAAUGGUUUUCCUUGGCAUCUUGUGACUGUUAACAUGUUCAGUCAUAAAUAAAGCUAUUAAUUUACAGUC